AAAAGCGAGUUUCCACCUAAUUAGAGUGAGAAGUGAAGACCGGCGGGCAAGGCGUGGCGGCCUCUGCAUCAGCAAAUUUUCAAGGAGCAGCUGGGCAAAAUCAGUAUAUAUGCACCCAGGGUACAACCCAGGAAAACACUUAUAUCAACUCCCAUGGGCAAACACAUUGGUGUCUUGGCCUUCCCCUUCGCUUCCCACCCUCUAACGCUUCUGGGGCUGGUCCGCAGGCUAGCGUCUGCAGCACCCGACGCCAAGUUCUCAUUCUUCAGCACUGCAAACUCCAACAGCUUCCUCUUCUCCGCUCGAAGCCCCGGUGGUGUUCUUGGUAAUCUGAAACCUUAUGAUGUUCCGGAUGGGGUGCCGGUGGGUCAUGUGCUGUCUGGGAACCCUGCAGAGGGUGAUGGGCUUUUCUUGAAGGAAGCACCUGCGAAUUUUAAGCGGGCCAUGGAAGUGGCGGUAGCGGAGACUGGGAGGAAGAUUAGCUGCCUGGUGACUGAUGCCUUGUUGUGGUUUGCAGCUGAUAUGGCUGAGGAAAUGGGGGUUCCUUGGGUCCCAUUUUGGACCGCUGGCCUCUCUGCGCUCUCUGCCCACUUACACACUGAUGUCAUCAGGCAAAUGAUGGGUGUUAGAGGUCAUGAAGACCAGACCCUUAACUUCAUUCCAGGACUGUCCGCAAUGACCUUCCAAGACUUACCUGGAGAAAUAGCUUCCGGGAACUUGGAUUCUACCCCCUCACUCAUGCUACACAAAAUGGGGCUCACACUGCCACGCGCAACUGCUAUUGUUGCCAACUCCUUUGAAGAGCUAGACCCCGUAGUAGCAACACAUCUCAAGUCCAAGCUGCCAAAGCUUCUAUGCGUGGCUCCUUCCGCCCUAACGUCCUCACCGGAUGAGUUGAAUUCUGAUGUGAAUGGCUGCCUAUCUUGGUUGGACAAGCAGAAAGCGAAGUCAGUGGCAUAUAUCAGCUUUGGAAGCAUGUUGGCACCCUCACCCGACGAGCAUGUAGCAUUGGCAGAAACGCUGCAAGCAACUGGGGUGGCAUUUCUUUGGUCUAUUAAGGACAACUUGAAGAAAAAUUUGCCGGAAGGAUUUCUAGAGAGGACGAGCGGGAAUGGAAAAGUAGUUCCAUGGGUUCCCCAGAUCCGAGUCUUAGCACACCCUUCAGUUGGAGUGCACAUCACACAUGGCGGUUGGAACUCAGUGAUGGAGAGCAUUGCAGGCGAGGCGCCCAUAAUCUGCAAGCCAUUUUGGGCUGACAAUACUCUCAACUUGCGGGCAAUAGAGGAUGUGUGGGGGAUCGGUGUUGGAGUUCCAGGAGGGGUCCUCACAAAAAAUGGAUUAAAGGCAGCCCUAGAACAAGUUUUGGGGCAGCAAGGGAGGAUGACAGAAAAAAUUGGUGUCCUCAAAAAGCUUUGGACAAGGGCCACUGAGCCAAAUGGGAGCUCAACUCAGAAUUUCCGUACUUUGUCGAAGAUAGUGACGAAUGAAUAGGAAUAGUAGUUCAAUUUAAUGCCUAUAUGUUCUUAGAUAUGCAUGCCAAUGAUGAAAAUGUAAGGGGCUUCUUUAA